AUGUAAAAUUUUAAAAGAGUUGUUAUUUUAUUAUCUAAAACUUCUGGAAGAGACAAAUCUUGUAGAAUUUUACAAUAUUUUGGUAAAUUUUGUGCAGAAUAAUUGAAGGAGUUGAAAUAAGAUGAAUUAUCAUUAAAGUGCAAAAAUUUAAGCUCUAACAUGAGUUUAACUAGGAAAGUCUUAAGAUUUGGAAGAACAAUAGGAAUCAUCAUUUCAAUUAUGGAAUUAUCAAAAUAAAAAGGAAAUAAAGCAAUCAUUCUCAAUAAAAUAUUGAUGAACAUCUCUUGCUUCCUCUAUUUUCUAGUUGAUCAUACUCAUUGGUUUUGUAAAAUUUAAGUCAUACAAAACCCAUAACUAGAAGCUAAAGCAGAUUAUUGGAGUGACGCACUUUGGUGCUUUGAGGCGUUCUUUGAUUGCGUGGCAUUAAUUUUAGAAAUUAGAGAAGAAGAAAAUAAAAGUUAAGAUUCAAAGUCAUCCCAACGUCUUUUCAAUCUCAGAUUGGACCUAUUAAGAGCCUUUAUGGACUUGCUGAGUGCUUAUGGAUUUAUCAGUAAUGGAAAAAUGCCAGGCAAGUGGAUUGGUUUCUUUGGAACAAUUAGCUCAAUUAUUGGACUUAAAUAACAAUGGGAUGCAGCUAAGUGA